CCAACAUGGCAGGCAGUAAGUUAGUGUUGGAGGGGCGAGUUAGUAUUACAAGCUUUAUUUUGGGGUUAGGUUUUGUGAUAAUUCCUUUAAUUGUAUCACUAGGAUCACACAUUGAAUUAGUAUUUGACUAUCUUACUGGAAUUAGGGGAAAAAUAGCGAUUGCAGUCUACCUUGCGGUUGCUAAUGGCUUCUUGCUACUCAUAUACAAAGGACCACUCUAUCAGGUUGCCGUACGAGCCUGUUUCCUGGGAUUCACGUUUGGGUGUGGCCUGUUAAUCAGCGUUGGCCAGACUACGUGGACGCACUUUGGCUGGUACAUGUGCUCCCUGUCGUUCUUCCACUACUCGGAGUACCUGGUGACGGCCAUCAUUAACCCGCGGAGCCUGUCUCUGGACUCCUUCCUGCUCAACCACAGCCUGGAGUACCGGGUGGCCGCCGCUUCCUCCUGGGUGGAGUUCAUUGUGGAGAAGCUGCUGAUCCCAGACCUGAAGCAGCUCCGCUGGCUGAGUUUGGCGGGCCUGCUGAUGGUUCUGUUCGGGGAGGGCCUGCGUAAGGCCGCCAUGCUGACGGCGGGGUCCAACUUCAACCACAUCGUCCAGAACGAGAAGGCCCAGUCCCACGUGCUGGUCACCAGUGGGGUCUACUCCUGGUGCCGGCACCCCUCCUACGUGGGCUGGUUCUGCUGGAGCAUGGGCACACAGGUCCUACUGUGCAACCCUGUGUGUGUGCUGGCCUACACGCUGGCCAGCUGGCGUUUCUUCCGUGAGCGCAUCGAGGAGGAGGAGAUCUCGCUCAUCCACUUCUUCGGGGAGGAGUACGUGGAGUACAAGCGCAGGGUGCGCUCCGGCCUCCCCUUCAUCACGGGCAUCCGGGUCGGGUCCUAAUCCUCCCGACGCCGCGGUCGGGGAAACGGGAAGAACACGACCUGGGGAUCCUCCCGAGACUGGGGUGGUGAGCCGGCCGGUAGCCGGGCGCUGCUGCCGUGCCCUGCCCCUAGUGGCCCGGAGGACCGAGGUCAUCGCUGCACGUGGAGACACUCACGCACUGUGCCCUACAGAGCCCCGGCCCCUGGCCCCCUUUUGACGGGCGGACUUGUCUGGGAAAACGCCACGGCCCUCAGACCACCGUCUGUCUGUCACUCUUCAAUCGCCUGUUCGUUUAGCAUUUCCUGUUUUCACAAGGAUGGGGUGUUCUUUGCUGUCGUUUCCCCAAUUCUACAUAUAUCUCCUUUUGAUUUCUAAAAGACAGUAUUCCGUUUAUUCCUCAGCUGUCUGUAAAGAUUGUGGGUAAUGCUGCUGCGAUUGUUUACUCAAGUUAAUUGAAACGAAUUUAUGACGCCUUAGCCACUGUUCAUGUCUGUGUACACGUAGAACUCAGUUUCCCAUGAUUCCAUCUGUCUUGUGCCCCUCCCCACUCCACGUUCAACCCAAUUGUGGGUAAGUAACAGUCAGUCUGGAGGUGCUCACUAACCUGUAGCUGUUAUUGUCAGGAUUGUUUUUUCAAUGCUUGAUUGCAUUUUGGUCUUCCAUCCAUAGGGGGAGACAAAGUCAGGUUUUCUCCUCCGCUGCUAAAAUGUUAGGAUUAUAACCUUUAUGGUACUGUGAUCCUGAUCAACUUAACACUCAGCGAGGAAAUGAGCAGGUACUUCUUCUGAUGAAUCAGUAAGUGUAACUGGGGCUCUAGUUGGAACAUGGCAAUCAACUCUUGACCAAUAACAUCACUUCGUAAAACUUGCUAGAACCAAUCAGAUUGCAAGAAACCAAUGUCGUAUCAAUCUCAAUCAACUUACCUGUACUUGUGUUGAGUCUCGGGACUGCUGAAGUUACAUGCCCCUGCAUUUGAUCAUAAGAUUGUUCAAUCUUAAGCGUAGCUUUACUUUGCAGUGUGCGGUUUCUCGCUUCCCCUUGUUGAUUGACAGCAAUCGGCUGCUAUUAGCCGCGUAAUCUUGCGCGUCAUCAAUACGUUUUCAGCCGAGAAUUUGUACUUUUACAGUUACGCGACGACUAACCUUGUCCUUGAGGCUUGCAAAAGGUAACGUUGCGAAACUGCAUUUUGCCUCAGUUUCUUCCAGUCUGCAGUGCUGCCAUCUGUCCAAUUAUGACACUUGGCGGAGGGCUCGAGGAUUUGGGACCCGUCUUAUUUUAGUAUGCCAAGAAUUAUAGGAAAUUUGGAGAGCCAAGCUGAUUGACUGUUUUUUCAUUUUUCUUUACUGUACGCCUAAAAAUACGGCCAUGCCUGCAAUCAUCUGGCAUGUGUUCGCAUGAGAUUCGGGUAGAAGGCAAAAACGAUGCCCAUUCAGUGGCUAUUGGAACAGAUGCAGUCAUUUCUCUGACUGGUUUUUUAAACACUAUGGCUUGAAGUAAGGUUUUUUUUAAAAAAACAUUUCUUUUUUGCCCCAGAUGUAAUUCCCUGAAUGAAAAAUUACUUAAAAAUGAAAAUAUUAUUGUUGUGGUGGGGAAGCAUGUGCAAAAUGACCAGUUUGAAAUUAUGAAUACUUCCCUCACAUUCAAAUAUUUUAAUUCUUUAGGAAAGCAUCCAACUAUUAUUCUGGCUAGUGGUGUUCAAUUGCUGUGAACUAACACGUUUGUGAGUGGAUUCAGUUCUCACUUUAAUUGGAAUGAUGAGUGUUAAGUGAGACAGUAGAAUAUCUGCAAGAUAUUUUGUCAGUUAAAGAGAUGAUGUAAUGUAACAAGAAAGUAGGGAGUUUCUAAACUCAGGACUUUGUUUUUGUAACGGGUUUUUACCGAAAAGAAUUUGAGUUCAGAGUGGCAGUGUAGCAUUACCAGCGUGCAGAGAGUCAGAAAUUUAACACAAGGCUUACUUGCUUGCUUAGAAUCACAAGUUAAAGAUGAAAGUAAAACAACCUAAUAAAGUUGCAGUUCUUUGCGAA